ACAUAAAGUAACGCGCUGUGCGAAUUGCUUAAGUUUUACGCGGUAUAUUUAACAAACUAUUGGAAUCAUCUUUCUCUCUCAAUUUAAAAAAUGGAGGUGGAAGUAAAUCCUCAAUCGCAAAUACAACCAAUGGAAGUUGAGCAAAUUGAUCGGAGGCCGGCAGCUCUGGGUGACCUUCGCAUUCUCCCCGACGAAAUUCUCUGCGCUAUCCUCACUUACCUUACUCCUCGCGAUGUCGCUCGCCUCUCCUGUGUUAGCAGUGUGAUGUAUAUUCUAUGCAACGAGGAGCCCCUAUGGAUGAGUUUAUGCAUUGAUAAUGCUGAUCGCCAGCUGCAGUAUAAAGGCUCCUGGAAAAGAACAGCCCUGGAUCAAUUGAACGUGACUUUCGAAAAUAAUGAAUUCUGCCAGAAACCGCAGAAACCUCUACACUUCAAUGGAUUCAACUCUAUGUUCCUUUAUUGUAGAUUAUACCGGUGCUAUACAUCAUUGAAUGGAUUUUAUUAUGAUACUGGGAACGUGGAAAGAGAGAAGAAUCUUUCUAUAGAAGAGUUUCGUGAUAAGUAUGAUGGACAGAAACCGGUUUUAAUUGGUGGAUUGGCCGACACUUGGCCUGCAAGGACUACAUGGACACCAGAGGAGCUUUUAAAAAAGUAUGGAGACACAGCAUUUAAAUUAUCUCAAAGAAGCCGUCACAAGAUUAAGAUGAAACUUAAGGACUAUGUGUCAUAUAUGAAAGUUCAGCAUGAUGAGGAUCCUCUUUACAUUUUUGAUGAGAAGUUUGGGGAAGCUGCACCAGAGUUGUUGAAGGAUUACAGUAUUCCUAAUAUGUUCAAAGAGGACUUUUUUGAUGUGCUGGACAGGGAUCAGCGACCUCCCUUCAGAUGGCUCAUUAUGGGACCUGAGAGGUCUGGUGCCUCUUGGCAUGUUGAUCCAGCCCUAACUAGUGCUUGGAAUACACUUCUAUGUGGCCGGAAAAGGUGGGCAUUAUAUCCCCCUGGAAGAGUACCUUUAGGAGUAACAGUGCAUGUAAAUGAAGAAGAUGGGGAUGUCAAUAUUGAAAGUCCAUCAUCUCUGCAGUGGUGGCUGGACUUCUAUCCUCUUCUUCCCGAGGAAGACAAACCAAUAGAGUGCACUCAACUGCCUGGGGAAACAAUAUUUGUCCCAAGUGGAUGGUGGCAUUGUGUGCUAAAUUUAGAGACUACUGUUGCUGUCACACAGAAUUUUGUGAACUCCAAGAACUUUGAAUUUGUGUGUCUGGAUAUGGCUCCUGGUUAUAGACAUAAAGGAGUAUGUCGUGCUGGGCUUCUUGCUUUGGAUGACAUCAGUAUUGAGGAUGUCAGGAAAAAUAUGUUGUUCUUAGAAAGUGGUUUGGGCUGCUCUGAUCUAUCAAGGAAAGAUAAGAGGAUUAGAGUUCACCAACCUGAAGUUUCAGAAAAUGGAAGUACAAGAGAUGGUGUCUCUAAAUGCAUAGAUUUGACAGAGAUGGAAUUUUCUUAUGACAUAAAUUUCUUAGCUAUGUUUUUGGAUAAAGAGCAAGAUCACUACACUUCAUUAUGGAGCUCAAGCAACUCUAUUGGGCAGCGAGAAAUGAGAGAGUGGUUAUCAAAGCUUUGGGUUGGAAAACCAGAGAAUAGAGACCUUGUAUGGAAGGGAGCCUGUCUGGCGCUGAAUGCUGAUAGAUGGUACACACACGUCACAGAAAUUUGUAACUUCCAUGGGUUGCCGUUGCCAACAGAUGAUGAGAGGCUUCCUGUUGGAACAGGCAGCAAUCCGGUUUAUCUAGCUGGGGACAAUGUUAUAAAAAUACUUGUUGAAGAGGGAUUAGAAGCUUGUCUUCAUUCUUUGGGCACUGAGCUCGAGUUUUACAGUUCACUCCAGAAAAUAAACUCCCCUUUGAGGGAUCACAUUCCUAGUGUUUUAGCCAGUGGGAUUCUCUAUAUGGAAAAUGGGUUGUGUAAGGUUCAGUAUUGGGAUGGCAAAGGAGUUCCAGAGGUGAUCGCUAAUUUUACUCCCCUUGUGGAACAUGAGCAAGCUGAUUAUCCAUUUGGUUUACAGAGUAAAAGGCAGUUUGAUUAUAGAAAAGCCGGGAUGUCAUUACCCGAACUAGUAAAAGCUUGCAGUGGCACAACAAUAUGGCCAUAUGUCAUAACGCAGAGAUGCAAAGGGAAAAUAUAUGCUCAAAUAAGAGAUUCCAUGUCAUGGAAAGACACUCUAAAUUUGGCCUCCUUCCUGGGAGAACAAAUGCGCAACCUUCAUCUAGUGCCGUGCCCUGCUUUGAAUGAUUCAACAUUGUUGGAAACCCAGCAGAAAGCAGUCUCCGAUGCUAAUGGGAAUAUCAAGAAUGAUGAGGACAAGGUUUGGGCCCCUGCAGAGUGGAACAUAUUCCUGAGAACUCUGAACAGGAAAAAGAAGGAUGUUUGUGACCGCUUGACCAAAUGGGGUGAUCCAAUUCCUAGAGAACUGAUUGAGAAAGUUGAGGAAUACAUCCCUGAUGACCUCUUAAAGGUUGACAUGGGAGUCAGAUCUUGUACCUGGAUACACUCCGACAUAAUGGAUGACAAUAUCCACAUGGAACCAUUUUCCCUUACUUCUCACUCGGGAGGGGCUAAUGAUAAUCCUGAGUUAAUUGACAAUGUUUCUGCAAAUGGAUCUGAUUUGAGUGAGCCUAUACAUGCAUGGCGCCCUACUCAUAUACUCGAUUUCAGUGGUCUUUCUGUUGGGGAUCCGAUUCUUGACUUAAUCCCGAUAUACCUGGAUAUAUUUAGAGGGGAUCCACUUUUACUGAAGCAGUUUCUGGAUAGUUACAAACUUCCAUUUGUUAAAACAGGAGUGAAUUCAUCUGCUAAAAGCAACGGAUUUCAGAGACUUUCUUACCGAGUCAUGUGCUACUGUAUUUUGCAUGACGAAAAUAUUCUGGGAGCUAUUUUCGGUACUUGGAAGAAACUAAGACUGGCAAAAUCAUGGGAAGAGGUCGAGGAAGCUGUAUGGGGAGAUCUUAACAGUUAUACAGGCUCAUGUUGAACUUCUUUUUGUUCUUUCUAAUUUUCUUUCAAGCCUUUGAUAUAAGUUUUAUUGAUGAUUGUUGAAUAAGUCCAAUCAAGUGUACACUAACAUUGUAACAUUUAUUUGAUGUAAUUUAAUGAUAUUUCUUUUCCUUUUUCCUACUAA